UGUAUAGUCAGGGCUUCCCAAAUGCGCGCCCCCGACCCGGUGCCAAGCGCGCCCCCUUCAUUUGCUCCCCUUCUUGAAGCUCAUUUUCAUGACGUGGAAAAGCCUGAUCCAGGGCAACAACACCAUCACACACACACACACACACACACACGGGGAAGGAAGGAGAGAAGCCCGAGAUCCUCCGCCGCGCCCCAGCCCUCCCGCUCCGCGCUGCCGGUGCCCGGAGAAGGCGGCGGCGGCAGCGCUGGAGCCUGCAGCAGCCCCUCUCCUCCUCCCUCCUCCAUUGAGUGUGCCAAACAGCAGCUCUGCAUCCUAAAGAAGAUCAUUGAGGGGCUCAUUGCAUUCCCAGCACGUCUCAGGCUUGCUUCUUUUUUUUUUUUUUUUUUCCUGCUUCUGCCCUUUUUUUUUUUUCCUUUUGCCUCAGCUUCAGCAGGAGUAGAGAGAGAGGGAGAGAGACAGAAGGGAGAGACAGAGAGAAACCGGCAAUCCUUAAACUCAAGCUCUUUUUCCUCCCCUUCCCCUCUUUAUUUUUUUCUUCUUUUUUUGGUAAUUAUUUCUGUUGUUGUUGGUAACGAUGUGCUAAAAUCUCUCCUGCAAACCGGGGAGGGUUUCAUUUGCAAGUCGAUCCUAAGGAUUCCUCCUCCUCUGGCAUUUCUCUCCCCUAAAUGCAUCGUUUUGGCUCUUAAGUUUGUGGAUGGGGGGCAAAAUUUUCUAGUGUUUGUACGAGGAAGGCAAAAAAUAAAAGGACCUUUUCCUCUCGAAAGAUUAAGACCCAAAGCAACGAUCGCUCCCGACCAUUCUAAUGGGCAUUUCAGUGAUUCAAGGAAGGCUGCAUCACCGCCGCUAUUAUCACCAGCCUUAGCAUCUCUCUGUGCCCAUACAUUCAAAAUAUCUGGUGCAAGGAAGGGUGAAACCAUAUGUUGAAGGAGCUGCAUCUCAUUAGUACAGUAUUAUUUUCAUCUGACUGGAGAAGAAUGGUGUCUUCAUUCGGGAACCUAUAUAGUAGGAUAGAUAACUUACUGGCUGGUAAGUGUCAAGGUUUUCUGUUGCCUUUUUUUUUUCCCCUUCCACUUUCAGCUUUUUAACCGUGUCUCCUGCUUGGUCCUGGGGGCACAAACCACCCUAAUCCAAGGCAGCCUGAGCAUUUCAAUCCUAGGUGCUCCUUAGCUGUCACUUCCCUUUAGAUCUGCUGAUCGCAGGGGCAUGUGCUUUAGAAAGAUUAAUCACCUCCAAAGGCUCUAAUCAGCUAAAAUGACUAAUAUGUGGUGUGUAUUUAUCUGAUAAGAUAUCGGUUGCAUUAAUUCCUCGGCGCAUUUGCACAGGGGGAGAUGUCCUUUUAAAUCUGGGUUGCUAACCAUUUACUCUUUUAAAGACAUUGGGGGGGUUUCUGACAGGAGCCGGCUGGCCAGGGGCAUCAGCAAACCUCACACAUUCCUCUGAAAUUGUGCAUGGAAUAUACCCAGCCAGGAGGCAGAGAGAUGGCAGGAUGGGGGAUUCAGUAACUUUGGGAGUUUGCAUGUCUGGAGGAUGUGGUGGGAGAAAUCUCCCCACUGGUGUUUUCUCCCCCAUAGUGAACGCGGGCCGCGAGGGCUACAAAGCUCAAACUGCAAAUGAGUAUGGGAUCUGUGUAGUCCUCAGUGCUGCUCCUGCAGAGGAGAACAUGUGAAGAUGCAACACGUCCAGCCUGUGUGCUCGUGGUGCUGUGUGGUCUGCAUGUGCUGUCCUCUUUAUAGGUGGCAUAUACCAAAGGGGGGGGGGGAUAAGGGAGGCCGCUGCCGCGUGAUUAAACCGUCUAACAUCUCUUAAGCGUAAAUCAGGGCAAGGCUUGCCCAUCCCACACCCCUAGAGCUGGUUGUGAACGUCUAGCCCAACAACUGCUCAACUUUCCAGGAGCCUCACACAUGUCUAGCAGGUAGGGGCUUGGGAAAAGGUGCGGGGCAGGAGAGAAAUACUGAAAUCUGCAUUUUUCCUUCCCGUUGCAGUUUUGUAAACACCAAGGAAUGAUGAAACCUUCCACGGCAGAGACGCUUCAUAAAGGAAGGAUGUUGUGGAUAAUUCUUCUAAGCACAAUUGCUCUAGCAUGGACUACACCAAUUCCCUUGAUAGAGGACUCGGAGGAGCUUGAUGAGCCCUGCUUUGAUCCAUGUUACUGUGAAGUGAAGGAGAGCAUUUUCCAUAUACACUGCGACAACAAGGGAUUUAUAAAUAUUAGUCAAAUAACAGAGUCGUGGUCGAGACCUUUUAAACUUUACCUGCAGAGGAAUUCCAUGAGGAAAUUGUACACCAACAGUUUUCUUCACUUGAACAAUGCUGUGUCCAUUAAUCUUGGGAACAAUGCACUGCAGGACAUUCAGACAGGGGCUUUUAACGGGCUCCGGGUUCUGAAGAGGUUGUAUUUGCACGAGAACAAGUUGGACAUUUUCAGGAACGACACUUUCCUGGGCUUGGAAAGUCUGGAAUAUCUGCAGGCAGAUUACAACGUCAUCAAACGGAUUGAAAGCGGGGCGUUCCGCAACCUGAGUAAACUGAGGGUCCUUAUCCUAAAUGACAAUCUUAUCCCCAUGCUUCCCACCAACUUAUUUAAGUCUGUGUCCUUAACCCACCUGGACUUGCGCGGGAACCGGCUAAAAGUCCUUUCGUACCGCGGGAUGUUGGACCAUAUCGGCAGGAGCCUGAUGGAGAUCCAGCUGGAGGAGAACCCCUGGAACUGCACGUGCGAGAUCGUGCAGCUGAAGAGCUGGCUGGAGCGCAUCCCCUACACCGCUCUGGUGGGGGACAUCACCUGUGAGACCCCCUUCCACUUCCACGGGAAGGACCUGCGGGAAAUCAAAAGAAGCAAGCUCUGCCCCAUGCUGUCCGACUCCGAGGUGGAAGCCAGCCUGGGCAUCCCUCAGCUGUCAUCCAGCAAGGAGAACGCGUGGCCUACAAAGCCUUCCUCCAUGCUGUCCUCCUUCCAUUUCACCGCUUCCUCUGUUGAGUACAAAACAUCCAACAAGCAGCCCAAACCCACCAAGCAGCCCAGGGCGCCCCGGCCUCCCCCGACAUCGCGCGGCCUGUACCCUGGGCCCAACCAACCGCCCGUGGCUGCCUACCAGACCCGUCCCCCCAUCCCCAUCAUCUGCCCCACUGGGUGCUCUUGCAGUUUGCACAUCAACGACCUGGGCCUGACGGUCAACUGCAAGGAGAGAGGGUUUCACAACAUCUCCGAGCUUCUGCCCAGGCCUUUGAACGCCAAGAAGCUGUACCUGAGCGGGAAUUUGAUCCAGAAAAUCUACCGCUCUGAUUUCUGGAAUUUUUCCUCUUUGGAUCUCUUACACCUGGGGAACAACCGGAUCUCCUACGUGCAGGACGGGGCUUUUAUCAACCUGCCCAAUCUCAAGAGCCUGUACCUGAACGGCAACGACAUUGAGCGGCUCACCCCGGGCAUGUUCCGGGGCCUGCAGAGUUUGCAUUACCUGUACUUCGAGUACAACCUAAUCAGGGAAAUCCAGCCGGCAGCCUUCAGCCUCAUGCCCAACCUGAAGCUCCUCUUCCUCAACAAUAACCUGCUCCGCACCCUGCCCACCGAUGCCUUUGCCGGCACCUCCCUGGCCCGCCUCAACCUCCGCAACAACCAUUUCCUGGCGCUGCCGGUGGCCGGGGUGCUGGAGCAUCUCCACGCCAUCGUCCAGAUCGAUCUGAAGCUCAACCCUUGGGACUGCACCUGCGAGCUGGUGCCUCUCAAGCAGUGGCUGGAGGCUCUCAGCUCUGUCAGCGUGGUGGGUGAGGUGCUGUGUUCCAGCCCCGAGCGCCUGGCCCGCCGUGACCUGCGUUCCCUGGAGCUGGCGGCCCUUUGUCCCGCCGCCCUGCGCCCUGCUGCUGCCGCUGCUGCAGCCGCCUCGCCCCCCGCUGCCCCUCCGCCUCCCUCCGCUACCGGCGCCGCAGCCUACGAGCUGCCACCGGCCACGGCCGCCGUGCCGCUCUCCGUCCUCAUCCUCAGCCUCCUCGUUCUCUUUUUCUCCGCCGUGCUGGUCGCUGCCGGGCUUUUUGCUUUCGUUUUGCGCCGUCGCCGGAGGAAGCUGCCGUUCCGCGGCCCGCGGGCGGAGGGGGCCGAUUUGGGCGGCGUGCCGCUGCGCUGCCCGCGGCUCUUCGAGGAGGGAGGCGGCGGCGGCGGCGGUGGUGGCGGCGGCUGUGGUGGGGGUGGGGAACGCUCCCCGGAGAAGGCGCCCCCGGCGGGACACGUCUACGACUACAUCCCGCACCCGGUGACCCAGAUGUGCAACAACCCCAUCUACAAGCCGCGGGAGGAGGAGGAGGACGCGGCGGCGGCGGGCGGCGGAGGGGAGGCGGCGGAGCUGCUGCGGGGCGGCGGCGAGCGGUUCACCCACGCUGCUGCCGCCGCGCAGGAAUCGGGCAGCAACUACCGCACUUUGUUGGAGAAGGAGCAGGAGUGGAGCUUGGCCGUGUCCAGCUCGCAGCUCAACACCAUAGUCGCCGUCCAUCCCCAGCACCCCGCAGGCGGCGGGCUGGCGGCGGGCGGCGGAGGGCUCGGGGGUGCGGUGGCUGCGGUGGGAGGCGGCCCGCGGGACCGCGACCGCCCCCCGCCCUGCGCCGUGGGCUUCGUAGACUGCCUGUACGGCACCGUGCCCAAGCUAAAAGAACUACACGUUCACCCCCCUGGCAUGCAAUACCCGGACCUGCAGCAGGACGCCAGGCUGAAAGAAACCCUUCUCUUCGCGGCCGGCAAGGGCUUCUCAGACCACCAAACCCCCACAAGCGAAUACCUCGAGUUAAGGGCCAAACUCCAAACCAAGCCGGACUACCUCGAAGUUCUGGAGAAGACCACAUACCGGUUCUGACCGCCGCCCCGCCGCCCGCCCCCGCCCCGCCGCAUGCGAGUAGAGGAUCCAGCUGUGUGCUCUCCCCCCCGCCAGAUGUGCGCGCUGCGGGGCAGGGCCCUUCUCAGCUCGUUAAUCGAUGAAGUGCCUUCGCAGACUUUUGCCAGCAGAUGUUAAUCAAUUAUUAUUUUUUUAUACUGAAACUGAGACUUUGACUGUGCCAUGUCUAAGGUAUAUUAUUAUAAUUAUUAUUAUUAUUAUCGGGGGAUCUUUGUAUUGAUCCUGAAUUAAGUAAAUUCUAUAUGUGUCUCUCUUUUCCUUUUUUUCCCCCCUUUUUUAUCCUUUCAUUUUCUUGAUUUUCUUA